AACUAGCUGGUUGACUUGUCUAUCUGCACCACCACCAUACUCUGUACUCUGCCCUGCAGCCCGUCCACUCCAGGUCCAGCCAGGCCCUAGACCCAGUGUACGCCCCUCCCCAUCCUCAGCAGGUCAGGCAGUGGCCAGGCUCCCACCCCACCUCCCCUCCGCAGAGCACCAGCACCAGUUCCCUCUCUGUAACCUCCUGCAUCUCAGAGUGGGAGCAGAGAGUCCCUCAGGACAGACACGCUAUCGCUAACCCGGCCCAGUACCGGGCCCUUAAAACUAGAACCCUAGCUCAGACCCAGGGUCUACCCAGCAGCCUUAGCAGGAGGAGAGGCYGGUGUUGGGACAGAGAGGAAGAGAGAGAGGUUCCUGACCAGUCCUGUGAUCUAGARCUAGAGGAGCAGGAACAGGAAGGAGCUUACAGGGUCAGUGAGUCUCAACAGACUAAGGUGGUAAGGUCAUCUGGUAGGUAGCAGAACUGCAGUAGAUUACUCUAACCAGCUCAUCAGCUGACUGUUAGGUUUGUUGAGGUAAUGCUUUUAUGAACGCUCCUCCCUCUAUAUAACUGGUACUAUGAACUUGUUUACACUUUAGACCGAAAUAAAAUGAUUUUCUAACGUAACAGGAUUGGUUGUUCCUCCUAAAACAUCAAUGUAUAACAACAUGUCCACUACCAAACCAUGUUUCAGUCGAUUUCUACCACCAUGGUGACUGAUCCCUGAUUGAUUGAGUUGUUUGGUUGGCUAGAUUGUACUUCCUGUAGAGUUGAUGUUCUGUUACUGUCACUAACUCCAGCAAUGUAAUGGUUUUAUUGUUAGCAACACAUGAUGCUCUGACUCUGACUGUCCUCUCUGCUUCGUUUCCGUCGACGACCAGACGGGUACCCCGGUGCGUGCGGUCCACAGGCGCUCCCACUCUGCGGGCGGGGAGAGGUGGGUGAACCACAAGCCGUCGUCUAACGUGGAGCUGGACACGGUGAUGCAGCCCAUCCUGGGUUCCAACGCCAUUAAGGUCUCUGCCCCCAGCGAGAAGGCCCUGGCCAAGUGUGACAAGUACAUGCUCACUCACCAAGACGUGGCCUCUGAUGGAGAGAUACAGACCAAACUCAUUAAGGGUGAAGUGUUCAAGACACGAGGUGGAGGACAGUCAGUCCAGUUCACUGAUAUAGAAACUCUGAGACAGGAGCUGCCCACUGGACCAAGGUAGGUGUCCUGUCUACUGCCAUUUUAAUGUCUGCUAACUUACUGCUUCUGCUAACUUACUACUACACAGAGACUGAAACCGGAGCUUCCCAUCUGGAAGAACGUAGGUUUCCUGUCUACUGCUAACUUAGUACUGCUACUAGUAGUACUAGUACCACUGUUACUGCUAACUUACUCCAUACAUACAUUCAUACAUCCCAUGUUUUCAUGAGUUGAACUAAAAUACUACAGAAAUGUUCCAUAUYC